AUGGUUAUUGAGAAACUUUUCCUUAGCUCGGCCCGGUCCUGGCAGACUGCUAAGGGCCCAAGGGGUAAUAACUCCGACUGGCCUAACUGGUGCGCGGUUUCUGCACACGCUCAUCUCUGCAGGCGGUAUGACGAGUGCGAUAAAUACAAGCAGAAUGAAAAGAAGGAUACGAAGCUCCGUAAGCGGAGCUGCCUUUCCACCGGCACACAGGCACAGAAACGUGCGAUUCGUAGAAGUGUCCUGUGUCCAGAGGAAGUCAGUCUGGUAAAAAUCUGCCGUCGGAACCCAAGCCCACCAACGGCACCAAGUGGGGGGCCCGCCACUCCCUGCAGCAGCGAGUAG